AUGAAUUUAAGUUUAUCAUCAAAAUCUGAUUCCAUGUCAAUUACUUUGAAAAAAGUACUUGACGAGUUUACUCUAUUAAAUGAAACCACAAAAGAACAUUAUGCUGUGAUUUUGAUCAAAGUGAUGAUAAAUUUGAUCACAAAUAGUAAAGAAAUGACAAUGCAGGGUUUAACACAUGAAAUUAAAACAGCAGGAGAAUAUUUGAUUAAUCAUGCAUAAGCUGGUCAUGGAAGAUCAGAAUUAGUUCUAAGAUCAACUCUGACUAUUUAUCAGCAUUACAUUAGUAAAGGUUUGUAACACUCAAAGGCUGAUAGUAUGGAAGCAUUGAAAUCAUCUCUCAUAGAAAUUUCACAAGAGUUAAUAGACAUUAUCAAUCGUUCCAAAGAUAACAUUAAGACAUAAUGCUUAAAAUUCUUUAAUAAUAGAUUUAAAGUCUUGGUUGUUGGCUACUCUAACGUUGUAAUCUAUUCUUUGAUAGAAGCAUUCAAGGCUGGGAUUGUUAUGCAAAUUUAUAUUCCUGAAUGCAGGCCAAAAUCAGAGGGAAUAGAAACAUAUAGAUAACUAACAGAGAUUGGAUAUCCUUGUAAAUUAAUAUUUGAUUCUGCCAUUGGUUAAGUUAUGGAGAAUAUAGAUAUGGUCUUGACAGGAGCUGAAGCAGUAGUAGAAAACGGAGGUAUUAUAAAUAGAGUGGGUACCUACACAACAGCUAUUUGUGCGAAAUUUUAGAAAAAACCAUUUUAUGUAUUAGCUGAAAGUUUUAAAUUCACUCGUUUAUUCCCAUUGUCACAAAAAGAUUUAAGCGAUUCAAUCAGAUAUAGCUAAGAAGAACCAUCAUUUUCAGAAAAAUUGAAAUUGCCUGAAAAUUUGGAUCUCAUCAAUCCUUUGUGUGAUUAUACUCCCCCAGACUUGAUUACAUUACUGUUUACAGACGUAGGAGUUUUCACUCCAUCUGCUGUAUCAGAAGAGUUAAUUUAAAUUUUUCACACUUGAGAAAUAAAUUGAUAUUUGUAUGUUAAUAAAUAUACAUUAGUAAACUUACAAAUAUAUUUGUACUUUAAUAUUAUAUUCAUUAAAAUCAU